CUUUCGUUUUUACUGUGACGUGGAAAAGCAGAACCGCUGCGGCUGAAGGUCCAUCAGGGAACAGAAUCAGCUUUCAUGGAAAUCAGCGGCGAACCGAUGAAGGCGGCCGGUGUGUGAGCAGAGCAGCAUGGAGGACGGAGAGGACGCAGUCCGUCCCUCUGGACCGUCUCACUGCGGACAUGAGGACCAGAGGUCCAGGUGUUUGGUUGGACCUACUUCCUGCUGCUCGUCUCCAGGGAGCGCUGCGUCCAUGGAGCCGCCGCUGCAGUUCCCUGGAAAACUCAGAAACUUUCCCACGGACACCUGCUUAUCCAUCGCUGCGUCCAUGGAGCCACCGCUCCAGUUUUCUCUCAACAGAGCGGAUCUGCAGAGCUCAGAGGUUCCCACUGAUCCGUCUGUCCAGCAGCACCAAACACAGCUGGACUCCAUAUUUAUGCUGCUGGAGGAAAACAUUGUCACUUUUGUGAAGAACGAGCUGAAGAACAUCCAGAAGGUUCUGAGUCCAGAUGAUCCAGGAUCCUCAGAGGGUCAGAGUGAGGAUGAGGAGGUGAUGGGGGGUGAGGAUGAAGAGCAGAGGAGGAGCAGCAGAGAGGCGGUGAUGAAGAUCACCCUGAACUUCCUGAGGAAGAUGAAGCAGGAGGAGCUGGCUGAGUGUCUGCAGAGCAAACUGGUUCCUUCACCUUGUCAACAAAAACUUAAAUCCUCCCUGAAGAAGAAGUUCCAGUGUGUGUUUGAGGGAAUCGCUAAAGCAGGAAACCCAGCUCUGCUGAACCAGAUCUACACUGAGCUCUACAUCACAGAGGGAGGAACUGGAGAGGUCAACCAGGAACAUGAGGUCAGACAGAUUGAAACAGCAUCCAGGAAACAAGAAACAACAAUCAGAAGAGAAGACAUCUUUAAAGACCAACCUGGAGGAGAUCAACCAAUCAGAACAGUGAUGACAAAAGGAGCAGCUGGCAUUGGGAAAACAGUCUUAACACAGAAGUUCACUCUGGACUGGGCUGAAGACAAAACCAACCAGAACAUCCAGUUCAUAUUUCCAUUCACCUUCAGAGAACUGAAUGUGCUGAGAGAGAAAAAGUUCAGCUUGGUGGAACUGAUUCAUCAUUUAUUUCCUGAAACCAAAGGAAUCUUUAGCUUUGAACAGUUCCAGGUUCUGUUCAUCUUUGAUGGUCUGGAUGAAAGUCGACUUGGUCUGGACUUCAACAACAAUCCGAUCCUGACUGAUGUUACAGAGUCCAGCUCAGUGGAUGUUCUGCUGACAAACCUCAUCAGGAGGAAACUGCUUCCCUCUGCUCUCCUCUGGAUAACCACACGACCUGCAGCAGCCAAUCAGAUCCCUGCUCAGUGUGUUGGCAUGGUAACAGAGGUCAGAGGGUUCACUGACCCCCAGAAGGAGGAGUACUUCAGGAAGAGAUUCAGGGAUAAGACUCAAACCAAGAUGAUCAUCUCCCACAUCAAGACAUCACGAAGUCUCCACAUCAUGUGUCACAUCCCAGUUUUCUGCUGGAUCACUGCUACAGUUCUGGAGGAUGUGAUGGAGACCAGAGAGGGAGGAGAGCUGCCCAGAACCCUGACUGAGAUGUACAUCCACUUCCUGGUGGUUCAGGCCAAAGUGAUGAAGGUCAAGUAUGAUGGAGGAUCUGAAACAGAUCCACACUGGAGUCCAGAGAGCAGGAAGAUGAUUGAGUCUCUGGGAAAACUGGCUUUUGAUCAGCUGCAGAAAGGAAACCUGAUCUUCUAUGAAUCAGACCUGACAGAGUGUGGCAUCGAUAUCAGAGCAGCCUCAGUGUACUCAGGAGUGUUCACACAGAUCUUUAGGGAGGAGAGAGGGCUGUACCAGGACAAGGUGUUCUGCUUCGUCCAUCUGAGUGUUCAGGAGUUUCUGGCUGCUCUUCAUGUUCAUCUGACCUUCAUCAACUCUGGAGUCAAUCUGCUUGAAGAAUGUGAGACAGAAGAUAAGGAACCUGCACUGGCUAAUUUACAUCAGAAUGCUGUGGACAAGGCAUUACAGAGUCCAAAUGGACAUCUGGACUUGUUUCUGCGGUUCCUCCUGGGUCUUUCACUGCAGACCAAUCAGAGACUCCUACAUGGUCUCCAGACACAGAAGGCAAGAAGUUUUCAGAAAAACCAGGAAACAAUUCAGUACAUAAAGCAAAAGAUCAGUGAGAAUGUGUCUGUGGAUAAAAAAAUCAACCUGUUCUACUGUCUGAAUGAGCUGAACGAUCGUUCUCUAGUGGAGGAGAUCCAACAGUCUCUGAGUUCAGGACGUCUCUCUGCUGAUAAACUGUCUCCUGCUCAGUGGUCAGCUCUGGUCUUCAUCUUACUGUCAUCAGAAAAAGAUCUGGAUGAGUUUGAUCUGAAAAAGUAUUCUCCUUCAGAGGAGGCUCUUCUCAGACUGCUGCCUGUGGUCAAAGCUUCCAAGAAAGUUAUACUAAGUGGCUGUAACCUGUCAGAUAGAAGCUGUGAAGCUCUGUCCUCGGUUCUUGGCUCCCCAACCUGUAAUCUGAGAGAGCUGGACCUGAGCACCAACAACCUGAGGGAUGCAGGAGUGAAGCAGCUGUGUGCUGGACUGGGGAGUCCAUUCUGUCAACUGGAAACGCUAAGUCUCUCCGGCUGUCUGGUCACAGAGGAAGGUUGUGCUUCUCUGGCCUCGGCCCUGAACUCCAGCGCCGUCCAUCUCAAAGAGCUGGACCUGAGCUACAACCAUCUGGGAGAGGCGGGAAUGAAGAUGCUCUCUUUUGGACGGGAUGGUCCAAAUGGGAGACUGGAAACUCUGAGGGUGGAGCCUGCUGGAGUCCGAUGGUUGACACCAGGUCUGCAGAAGUACUCCUGUCCACUCACCAUCGACACAAACACAGUGAGCAGAGAGCUCAAACUGUCUGAGGACAACAGGAAGGUGACCCGUCUUAAGGAGGACCAGUCAUAUCCUGACCAUCCAGACAGAUUUGAUAACUGCCCUCAGCUGCUGUGUUCAACUGGUCUGACUGGUCGCUGUUACUGGGAGGUGGAGUGGAAGGGGGAGGUUCGCAUUUCAGUGAGUUACAGAAGAAUCCAAAGGAAAGGAAACGUUGACGACAUUGUGUUUGGAAGGAACGAUCAGUCCUGGAGUUUGGACUGCGCCGACAUCGGCCGUUACUCCGUCUGGCACAAUAAGACCGGAACCUCCAUCUCCUCCUCGUCCUCCUCCUGCUCCUCCUCUCCCGUCUCUCACAGAGUAGCGGUGUAUGUGGACCGUCCCGCUGGCACGCUGUCCUUCUUCAGAGUCUCCUCUGACUCCCUGCUCCACCUCCACACCAUCAACACCACCUUCACUCAGACUCUUUACCCCGGGUUUUCAUUCAGGUCGUUUGGUUCCUCUAUACGUCUUCCUGAAGACUCUGGUCCCUAGGGUAGCGUAACGUCCUCCAUUCGCCCUCCUGUUAUUUAUUCAGCUCCAUUAUAAAUUAGUAGAACUGGUGCCUCAUGUUAUGUCAUAUUGUGAACAGUUUCCAGUUUCCUGUGAUGGACCGCUCCGUGUCCUUUCAGUUUGUAAGGAUCGACUCGACUGAGGAUGUUUUGACUCGACGUUUUGUGAAUAACUGCCCAGGUUGGACUUGCUGUGUUGAACAGGAAUUAAUCCUUCUGAACAUCUUGUGUUGUUACAUAUGAAUUUGCUUUUGUUUGCUAUAGUCAGUGUUACUGUUCUAGAUCAGAGCUUACAGCUACUGUAGAGUUGAGUAGAUAAUCCAAGUAGCUUCACUAGUCAGUGGUUUUCUAACCCUCGGCUGUUUAGCAUCUGAGUUUUUUCCGUUGUGCAGGAAUUAUCCAAAGAGAAACUGUUAGCUUUAAGUCCAGACUGAUGCAGAGCCGUGUGACAAAGUUACAACAGAUUCUACUUUUGCUGGAUGCUGCAGCAACAAUGAAGUCCAUCCAGACUUGCUGGACUGUCAGUCAACACUCCUGAGGAGUUGAGGAGACAUGAAAUCACUGCUGGACUUCAGGUGAGGUACUGCUCACCUGAAACAACAACCUCUGCUGCUCUGCUGCUGCUUCUCUUCUGGUCGCUGUUGCAUCCAGCAGAGACCACAGCUCACCUAGAAAGAGUUUAAAACGUCAUUACAGAUAAUUAUAUACGAUACCAGCAGAUGAAACGCUGCGAUACUGUCAAAACUUAAUUACCAAAUACAUAAAGUUUUCUCCUGCAUCUUAUGAAUCUUGGGAUUCUGCUAAAGAGGAGGCCCGGCCCAAACACAGCGCUUUUCUAGAGAGAGCUGCAGUUUGAUUGGUCAGGAGAACCUGAGAAGGUUUAACUAGUUUACAGCUGGAAGGAAGGGCAGCCAUUUUGAAAACUGCUCUGGUGAAAGUGACUCAAUAAAUAAACUUUGUUGUUAGAACAGCCAAAGUUUGACUGAUUUCUUCUUUCCACUGUAACAUUCACAUUCUUUAAUCGAUUAUCAGUUUCUUGUCUGAUCAAUCAAACAGCUGUCAGACUCAGAGCUCGUUAUUCCAGCUGUUAUUUUUUGUUUUCUCUGUUGUUCUUUUCUCCACCUGCCAGAAAACCACGACGACACAAACCCAGAGAU